AUGGCUUCUUCCCGAUCUACUCGUGUUACAAGAUCAACAGUGGGGUUAAACGGCUUGGAUGAAUCUUUUGGUGGUAGAAAUUUAAGGAAUUGUAGCAUUGCUCACCCUGAAGAAAUCUCUUCUCAUUCUCAAGUACGAUCAAGAUCACCAAAGAAGAGACCAGAGCCUGUUCAAAUUCAGAAAGGAAAUAAUAAUGGAAGAACUACUGAUAUAAAACAGCAAAUCCAGGACCUUGAAAGUUUAGGCAGACGUCAGAGAGAAGCACUAAAAAAUCCCAUUGGAUUUGUGGAAAAACUCCAGAAGAAGGCUGAUAUAGGGCUUCCAUAUCCACAGAGAGUUGUUCAAUUGCCCGAGAUUGUAUGGGACCAAUAUACCAAUAGCCUUGGGAACUUUGAAAGAGAAUUUAAAAAUCACAAAAGACAUACUAGGAGAGUUAAGCUAGUUUUUGAUAAAGUAGGUUUACCUGCUAGGCCAAAAAGUCCUUUAGGUCCUAGGAAGGAUAGAGAGUCCCUUUCAUACUCUAUGUUGCCUUUGAGUGAUGGUCCAGAAGGCUCAAACAGUCAUCCUCAGAUGAUAAGAGGACGCCUGUGUGAUGAUACCAAACCUGAAACAUUUAACCAAUUGUGGACUGUUGAAGAACAGAAAAAUCUUGAACAACUACUCUUGAAAUACCCUCCUGAAGAAGUAGAAUCUCGACACUGGAAGAAGAUAGCAGAUGAACUGGGCAAUAGGACAGCAAAACAGGUUGCCAGCUGAGUGCAGAAUUAUUUCAUAAAACUAACUAAAGCUGGCAUUCCAGUCCCAGGCAGAACACCAAACUUAUAUAUAUACUCCAAAAGGUCUUCA